AUAUGAGUAUAAAGUAUAAAACCGGGAUUCCCAACCUCAACCAUCCUCGACGGCUGCUGCUAUCACAACAACACAAAGUCAAUACUCGUCAAAAUGAUGUCUGACUCCGACGAAGAAACAAACCCAUUCCCCACCGUACAACCCAAUCUACUACCUAACCAAGAACUACUUCAAACCCAUUUCCUCCAUUCGAUCCAAUCAACGGUCACCAUUCGCUCACUCCCAUCUCAAGGCCUCUCCUUCCAGCUCUGGCCCGCCGCCACCUCUCUCGUUACUCUCCUCGACAACCACCGCCUCAACCCCACCACCAGCCCUCUCUCCACCGUCCUCUCAACCCUCCACACCCCACCACGUAUCCUCGAACUCGGCUCCGGCACCGGCAUCGUCGGCAUAGUCGCUGCCGCCACACUCGGAACAAACGUAACCCUAACCGACCUCCCUCACGUCGUUCCCAAUCUCAAAUUCAACGCGGAAGCUAAUGCAGAAGCUGUGGGGUCCAACGGUGGGAGUGUUACGUUUGCAUCCCUUAGGUGGGGUCAUGCUGCUGACGUGGAAAUGAUUGGAGGAGAGUUUGAUGUUGUGAUAGCUUCAGAUGUGGUGUAUCAUGAUCAUCUUUAUGAACCGUUGAUUGAAACGCUGAGGUUGAUGUUGAUUAAGAAGGAGAUUGUGUUUGUGAUGGCGCAUAUGAAGAGGUGGAAAAAGGAGAGUUUGUUUUUUAAGAAAGCUAGGAAGUAUUUUUUUGUUGAUGUUUUGCAUGUUGAUGCUCCUUGUAAUGGUUCUAGAGUUGGUGUUAUUGUUUAUCGUUUUGUUGGGAAAAAACUUGUAGGUUGAUGACUAAUACAAUUUCGUUUGGUUCAUUGGUUGUUGUUCUUGACAA